AUGUCUUCAACGAAGGUCAUCGACAGUCUGACGCCCGAAGAAAUUGCCUACUAUCAGGCACACGCUGACGAUGACCUCCGACCCAACCAGCUCGCCGCAGGCGUUGUGGGCAUCGUCCUGGCCCUCACGGCAGUGACCACUCGAACUGUGGCCCGAUUCUGCUCCAAGACUAGAUUUGGCUGGGAUGACUAUCUGAUCUUCGUUGCUUUGAUAGGACAGUUCUCAUACGCCGUGUUAAUGUUCAUGAACGUCGCGAAUGGCCAAGGCCAACACAUUCUCUUUCUUAAGAACCAGACACUCUUCUCGCAGCUCUUCGUCGCUGCCAUCAUCGUGUACUCAAUCACCGUCAUGCUCACCAAACUCUCUAUCUUGUUUCUUUACCGUCGCGCUUUCCCAAUCAAAUGGCUCUUGAUAGUCUCCUAUUUGUUAGGUGCCGUGGUUAUCGCAUACAACCUGUCUGUCAUCUUCGUCGCAUCCUUCAAAUGCAUCCCUCUAUCGGUAUUCUGGACAGGCAACUCCAAAAAAUGCGUCGACAACCCUCCGCCGUUCGCAGUCUUCAAUGUAAUCACCGACUUCGCCAUCUUGGCCCUCCCCAUCCAGCCCGUCUUAGGACUUCGUAUGCGAAGAACCCGUAAAAUGCAGGUAUUGACGAUCUUCCUUCUAGGCGGAAUCGUCUGCAUCUUCGGCAUCAUCCGCUCAGUCGCAAUCGCUACUAUGAAACCCGUGGAUAUCAGCUGUACCGCUCCUUACCCCAUUCCCACCCAUGAUAUCUCCCUAUAUACUAAGCCUCUUCUCUCCGGGUUGCUAGAUAACUCCGUUCGCUCGACCCUUUGGUCUUACAUCGAACUCUCGGCCGGCAUUCUAGCCGCUUGCAUGCCCACCUUCGGUCCUCUGUUGCAGCACCGAAGACGAAACCGCGCGACUGAACCGUACAAUUCGGGGUCGUCGGGUUCGAGGUCCAAUGUGCGCUGGAAACUCGGCAUCGAACGGUUGCGAGAGGUUCGGGAGGAUGAUAGUAUCUUGUUGACGGAGGGAUCAGGUCUUGGUGAGCGGGAUCAUUCUGCGUGGCUGGGGGAGGACGAGGCGGAGGAGGAGAGAUCGAGGUCUGGAGAUGUGAAUCACGACGUGGAGAUGCGGUCUUUUUCUCAUCGUCAUCCUGAGGGCAAAGAUGGAGGCGAAGAGGAGAAGGGAGGUAUCGUGGUGCAGAAAGAGGUUCGCCAGAACGUGGAUUCCGUCUAG